AUACAACUUACCUUACGUUGCCAGUUGUUUACACUAAUGCAAUGUCUGCUCGUGUUUUUAAAAGCUUUAUGCGUGACUUUUUUGCGGUCAAGUACGAUGAGCAACGCAGCGAUCCUGAAGCAGCGCGCUUGGAUGGCAGCGGUCGUUAUUAUCCCAACUGUUCGUCGGAUGUUUGGCUGCGCAGCUGCGAGCAGGAGAUACUGACGCCACUGGAAGGUCACAUAACUGGGCACAUACCCACCUGGCUUAAUGGCAGUCUACUGCGCAAUGGACCCGGCAGCUGGAAGGUGGGUGAUCAGAGUUUUGGACAUUUGUUUGACUGCUCGGCGUUACUGCAUCGAUUCGCUAUUAAGCAUGGUCGGGUGACCUAUCAGAACCGAUUUGUUGACACGGAGACGCUGCGUAAGAAUCGCGCGGCUCAGCGCAUUGUGGUUACUGAAUUUGGAACAGCUGCGGUGCCGGAUCCCUGUCACUCGAUCUUUGAUAAAUUUGGUGCCAUCUUUCGGCCAGAUAGCGGCACUGAUAAUUCCAUGAUAUCCAUAUAUCCAUUUGGUGAUCAAUACUAUACCUUAACCGAGACGCCUUUUAUGCAUCGCAUUAAUCCCUGCACGUUGGCCACAGAGGGACGCAUCUGCACUACAGACUUUGUGGGCAUCAUCAAUCACACCUCGCAUCCGCAUGUGCUGCCCAACGGCACGGUCUAUAAUCUGGGCACCAGCAUGACCAAGUCGGGACCGGCAUAUUCGAUUAUUUGCUUUCCAAAUGGUCAACAGAUGUUCGAGGAUGCGCACGUGGUGGCCACAUUGCCCUGCCGCUGGAAGCUGCAUCCCGGCUAUAUGCACACUUUCGGCCUCACCGAACAUUACUUUAUUAUUGUGGAGCAGCCGCUUUCAGUAUCGCUGACGGAAUACAUCAAGACACAGCUGUACAGUCAAAAUCUGUCCGCCUGCUUGAAGUGGUAUGAGGAUAAGCCAACGCUAUUUCAUCUCGUCGAGCGCGUCACGGGCAAACUAUUGCACAGCUAUGAAUCGGAAGCUUUCUUCUACCUGCACAUCAUUAAUGCCUACGAGCAGGAUGGUCAUGUUAUUGUGGAUAUUUGCAGUUAUAAGAAUCCCGAGAUGAUCAACUGCAUGUAUCUGGAGGCCAUAGCCAAUAUGCAAACAAAUCCCAACUAUGCAACUCUAUUUCGCGGCCGUCCACUGCGCUUUGUAUUGCCGCUGGGAGCCCCAGCUGCUGCUUCUAUGCCAAGCGCAAGCAAGCGACGUUUAGUCAAAUCGCUCUCUCUGGUUGGUCUAGCUACGGCGCCACCUAGUCGGCUAAGGCAUUCUGCCUCGCAUUACGCAGACAUAACGUACUUGGCCACAAAUGGCAAGCAGGAUAGCCCUUGUAUUCCGAAGGCUUCAAAGCGUCAGCGCUGUGACGAAGGCUAUCCUGUUAACUUGGUCAGUUUGAGCAACUGCAGCGCGACUGCCUAUCAAGGCCCUUCAGGCAUCUAUUUGCGACCUGAAAUGCUCUGCGACUGGGGAUGCGAAACGCCAAGAAUAUACUACGAGCAAUAUAAUGGCAAAAAUUAUCGUUACUUUUACGCUAUUAGCUCCGAUGUAGAUGCACAAAAUCCGGGCACGCUUAUUAAGGUGGACGUUGUCGAUAAAACCUGCAGGACCUGGUGCGAGCAUAACGUUUAUCCCAGCGAACCCAUAUUUGUGCCCUCGCCACAGCCGCAAAGCGAAGAUGAUGGUGUCAUACUCGCCUCAAUGGUAGUUGGUGGCCUGAACGAUCGCUAUGUUGGUCUUCUGGUAUUAUGCGCCAAAACCAUGACGGAGCUAGGUCGCUGCGACUUUCAUACCAAUGGGCCCGUGCCCAAGUGCCUUCAUGGCUGGUUUGCAGUCAAUGCUGUUUAAAUUGUUUAUUAAAUUAGCUUUUGCUGGAGACUCCACAAUGCCGGUAACAUAAUAAAACUUAUA